AAAUAUGAAGCACUUGAGAACUACAACAUAAUAACUGUAAACUCAUAUCAAGAAAUAUCAUCAUGGAACAUACUGAGUCUGAGUUGUAUACUUUGAAGAACCAAUUCUACUCGCACCAACACCAAAAGGUUAUUGCGUACUCAUUGGACCAAUUUUCUGAAAAUGUUCAAUUGAGCGUUUUAUCAUUUCAAAUCAGAUCCACCGUGUCACUUGGUAAAGAUGCAUCACCAUUGAUUGAUGAUGGUAAGACCAAGUUUCCUGAAAGUGAAGCUCUUUUCCAAUUAUUACAAGCUUGGAAUGACUUGCAUUCAUUUGGAACUGAUGACAGUACAUACUUCAACGAUGUUGAAACUCCAACAACUGCUCUUGAAGCUGUAUUAACUGCCAUUUAUUUGGUUAAAGUUGGUAAGAAUAUCGACCAAGCCAUUCAAAUUUUAACUACUUAUAUUGAUAGUAAUCCUUCUGAACUUGAACCAUUUUUACUCUUGGUUCAACUUUAUUUGGUUAAGGGUAACUUUACUUCUGCUCUCAAGAUUUUCAAUGAUUUCCAACUGUUUUCAUCUGAUGCUCGUGACUCUAUCAUUUACCUGGUCUUGGAAUCUUGGAUCCAUUCCAUCAAGGGUGAAUCUGAUAACAUAAGUAAUGCUUAUUACUUUUAUGAUGAUUUAUUGUCAGGAGAUUUUGACGAUGAUUCUGAAGGUAAAUUUAAACUUUUAAUUUCCGUAUUUGUACUUACCCUUCAAUUAAAGCAUUAUCCAGAAGCUCAAGAAUUACUUAUUCAAAUUGCAUCUUUGAGUCCAAAGCCUAAUGCUGACUUUAUAGCCAACCAAAUCACUGCUGAUUAUUUGAUGAAUAAUGGAAGUAAAGUUGGUCCACUUUUAGAAGAGUUAGCAUCUGUUGAUCCAGAUCACCAAUUAAUGGUUGAAUUAAAGGAAAAGAAUCAACUUUUUGAUGAAAUUGUUUCUAAAUAUAAAGUAGAAAGUUAGUAAAAUAGUAAUAGGAAUAUAUAAAACAGAUAAAUAAAAAAAAAUUAAAAUUAAAAUUUUACAAGUUGAUCAAUAAUUCAUCUUUUCGUUUAUUAAACAAUAGUUUUAAUGUACUUCUUUCAAUGUGUAUACUGUGUAAGUGU